GCGCUAGCGUGUGUGUGUGUGUGAGAGAGAGAGAGAGUGUAUAUGUGUAUGAGUGUUUAGUGUUUCGUUCGUCUUCGUCUUAAGCCAGGCUGGAUUGCAUCAGCUCAGCCAGAAGAACGCCCAGAACGGUGCUGAACAGUAAGAUGAACCCAGUGAUCGCGUCCGGUGGAAUGCAACCGAUAAUUGGCGAAUAUUACAAACAGAGUCCAUUCUAGCGCAAGGCGUAUGUGGUGCUUGCUAGUGGUGUGUAAAUAGUGUAAAAGCACCAUCGUAACGUUAAAUCUCUUCCUACAACAUUCUCCUUCUCGUGACUGUGAUACCAAAACAAGCUGACAAACUAAACCCCGCCAUUCCGAGAGAAACGGGAGCGCACCAUCUCUCGUCAUUCCACGCGCAAGCAAACCCCGAUACGCGCGACAAAGCGCAAAGGAAGACUUUGUUUCGCAAGCCGAACUGUGCGGUGCUGCUGUGAGUAGUUUUAAGCUCUGGUGCAGUUGCAUCAAACUGUUGGACUGUGUGUGUGUCUCUAGCAGAACAAACAUCGGCAACGUAACGAGAGGGACGUGAUAUUACACUGCUUUCCUGUUUAAAAUGACCGGGAAAGAUUCCGUCGUGCUGGUGGACAAAGACACGGUGCCACAGAUUAUGGCCACCGGGGAAAAGAAGGGUGCAAUGGUCACGCUGGCCACGGUGGAAAGCCAACCGAACAAGGCGGCCGAGCGGGGCAAAGCGAUGCGCCAGGUGAUAGCGGCGUUCGUGGCCAACCUCGGCACGAUCAACACCGGACUCAUCUUUGGCUUCUCGGCCGUCGUCAUUCCGCAGCUGCAGGCGGCCGACUCGCUCAUCCCGGUCGACGAAAGCCAAUCAUCCUGGGUCGCUUCCUUAUCAGCGAUUGGAACCCCGAUCGGUUGUCUGUUGAGCGGGUACGUGAUGGACAACUUCGGACGUAAGAAGGCACUGAUAGCGACGCAGAUUCCUACGAUCAUCGGCUGGAUCGUCAUCGCUUGUGCGUCGAACGUGGGUAUGAUCUAUGCGGGCCGCGUGCUGACCGGCUUCGGAUCUGGUAUGGUUGGUGCACCGGCCCGUGUCUACACGUCCGAGGUAACGCAGCCACAUCUGCGCGGCAUGCUGUGUGCCCUGGCCUCGACCGGCAUUAGCUUGGGUGUGCUGAUCCAGUACACGCUCGGUGCGUUCACGACCUGGAAGUUCCUCUCCGGCGUGUCGAUUAUCGUUCCCGUGGCUGCUCUCAUUUUGAUGCUGCUAAUGCCAGAAACACCCAACUAUCUCGUCUCGAAGCAAAAGCCCGAAAAGGCCCGGCGAAGUCUGGCGCGGCUGCGCGGUUCCAGCUAUAAUAUCGACCGUGAGGUCGAACAGCUGCAGUCGUUCGCUGCCAAAACGAACGCAAGUGGCAAGAAGAGCCUCAGCCUGCGCGAAACAGUCCAGGCGCUGGUGCAUCCGUCCUGUCUGAAGCCGUUCGCCAUCCUGACGAUCUACUUCAUGAUGUAUCAGUUCAGCGGCGUCAACACGAUCACGUUCUACGCGGUCGAAAUCUUCCGCGAUUCGGGCACCACGAUGGACAAGAACACCUGUACCAUUUUGCUGGGUGUGGUUCGGCUUAUCUUCACGAUCGUCGGCGCUAUUCUGUUGCGUCGUUGUGGCCGACGCCCACUGACAUUCAUUUCCGGCAUUGGAUGUGGUUUCACAAUGGUGGGGCUGGGCGUGUAUCUGUACUUCAAGCACCAGUGGGAUACGGCUGUACCGCCGAUCGAACCCACUGCCACGUGGUUCCCGGUGGCGUGCAUCUUCAUCUUCAUUACCACCUGCACGGUUGGCUUCCUGGUUGUUCCCUGGGUCAUGAUUGGCGAGCUGUAUCCGAUGAAGGUGCGCGGACUGGUCGGAGGAUUCACCACCUGCAUGGCGCACAGCUUCGUCUUCAUCGUAGUCAAAACGUAUCCUUUCCUGACGCACGUGCUCGAACGCCACGGCACCUUUAUCCUGUACGGAUGCUUUUCCUUCGUUGGUACAAUCUUCUUCUACCUCUGCCUGCCAGAAACCAAGGGAAAGACGCUGCAAGAGAUCGAAGACUACUUUUCGGGUCGCACUAAGACGCUUAAGAAGCCGAAAGCGGGCACCAACGGUCAGCAGAACGACGAGCACGAUGGUCAACAAAUGCUGCUGGCCAAUGGUACGAAGCCAGCCGUGCUUUCGCCCGAAAAGAACAAAUUGCUUCCAUAACGAAGCACGGGCUAUUUCACCAGCCAUCCAGUGCUUCGAGGGCGAUCUUGUUGUUCCUACGUCCCUAUUCUGGUUACGCGGAUUUUCUCACUGCAAUCAGACGACCCAUUACGAUCAGCCCGGGCUAGCGUGUUGCAAAAGCAAGUCCAGCAAGUACUGGCAAUGGUUUUCUUUGUAUUGAUUAAGCUGUUCAUCGCUCCAUAACUCUACGCGUUUCGAUAAUUUUACCCACUCAGACACUAAGUAUUACUAGGAAAACGUAUUCGAUAUGCGUAGGAAACGGAAAGGAGUGUACAAUGUGCAUAAGUAUCUUGCGAAUAUAUGAUAAGAAACGGGUAAUCAGCUUGAUUGCCACAACAACGCAAGAAAAGGGACAACAAUAACAAUUGAUCGUUUGUGAGACGUAAGACACAAUCGACUUGCUGCAAGGUAGUAUAUCCGCGAACUAUCAAUUAUUACUUACACACCGGAAGUGCCUACAGAGAACAGAAAAGCGGACCCGUUCUAGCGCAGCAGAAGCGGCAAGAUGUUUAGUCUCCGCCAAACAAAAAAUAAAGACAUGAUAGAUAAUACUCGGUCGUUAAAAACGCAACCGUUAAAAUGCGCACAUCAAGCCUGUUCUAGUACUUAAGGGAUAGAUUUUAGACAAACCCACUGAACACAUCAGCAACGAAAAUGCAAUCUACUAAAUGCCUAUGAGAAGUUGCGACGAUUCCGUGUGAAACGAUUCUCGUCAACACCUACCAACAAUAAAACACCAAUUAUUUAAUUACA